AUGCACGAACUCGACCCUUUAGUUAUUGAGUAUCAACAUGAUAAACACCGGCCUAGGGAAGCAGAAGCCCUGCUUGUGCUCCGCAAAGUGGCCUCGCUAGUCAAGCCGAUUAUGCGACAGCGCGGCUGGAAGGUGGGAACUUUGUCUGAGUUUUAUCCACGACAGAGAAACUUGCUCGGUCUUAAUGUCAAUGCCGGCCAAAAGAUCUGUCUCAGACUACGUUAUCCUAGUGAUGAGCGACAGUUUUUGCCUCUUGAGCAGGUCGUUGAUACAAUGCUGCAUGAGCUAUGUCAUAUUGUCCAUGGUCCUCACAACAAAGACUUCCAUGCGCUCUGGAACCAGCUUCGUGAUGAGCAUGAAGAGCUUGUCAUUAAAGGAUAUACCGGCGAAGGAUUUCUUUCAGAAGGAAAACGUCUUGGUGGUCGUAGAAUGCCUGUGGACGAAGCUCGACGAGUAGCCCGUGCCGCGGCCGAGCGAAGGCGAACCUUGGGAGCUGGCUCUGGACAGAAGCUCGGAGGAGCACCUCUUCUUAAAGGAUCAGAUGUGCGAAGGGUCAUUGCAGAUGCUGCCCAGCGACGGAUAGAUGUCACAAAUGGAUGCGCCUCGGGCUCGAGCGAAGGCGAAAAGCUCGCCGAAGAGGCAUCUCGGAACGGCUUCCGAACCAAAGCCGAGGAAGAUGAUGCAAACGAACGGGCCAUCAUGGAGGCUUAUAUUGAGAUGAUCCAAGAGGAUGAGCGCUCAAAAUGGGGCUCCUUAUACGUGCCUCCCAGCCAGAGAAACCCAGCUGGUCCUCGAGGCAGUGUUUAUCCCAAUGCACCCCCGAUUCCAGAGCAUUCCAAGCCACGCAGGCAGCUCAUUUCAACUACACGAACGCUAUCUGACUCUGAGCCAAACAAUACCGCAAAAAACAAUGAUGAUGAACUGGACAAGACACAAUGGUCUUGUCCAACCUGCACCCUCAACAAUCCAUCCACUUAUCUUUGCUGUGAUGCAUGCGGCUCUGAACGCCCUGCCGCUUUACUGACCACCCAGUCCCGACUUGUCCAAAACUCCGCACCAAACACUGCCAAAAGGAGGCUGUCAAAGUCGCAACAUAGCGUUUCCUCUGACUCGUCUAGUAGCCGUGUGCUUUCGUUUAAGAAGGAUACCUCGGAAAAAAUGGCUGCUUGGGAAAAUAGCAAAUCGAAGCGGCCUCUCGGCUGGCUGUGUCAUGUCUGCGGCGCAUUCAUGGAAACCGAGUGGUGGACAUGCUCGGCAUGUGGAACAAUGAAGGCCAAUUCAUAG